GUUAUACUGAUCUAAACUAGGCGAAAUACAUAUAAAUCAUCACACAUCCUGAUAACAUCUUCAACUCAGCACUUUCAUCUACAAGCUCCCCAACACAAUGACUUCGUCGCAAACAACGCAACUGGCUGGUCCCAAGCAUCAAGCAGAAGGCGAUACAAUAGAUGCUGUGGAUCUCCUUGCGGAUAGCCAACGCUCACGCACUAUUCCCCAGCUUUUAGUUGACUUGGAUAGAGGAGACUGGAGCGCACUUGAUGAACUACAGAAGAUCCUCGCUGAGACCAAGGAGGAUACGAUAAACGGCAACGAUAUCCCAGUCGAUCCCGACAGUGUCUUCCUGGACGCUGAAUUACCCACGGAAAAAACAUUCAUUUUCACAGACUCAACAUUCUUUCAGCGCAACGGUCCCCAUACUGCACUUCCUGAUCCCACUGAGGUUCGUGAGAAGUCUACCAGGCGUGAUGAUUCACCCUGGCGUCCGAUACCCCCAGUUAUGUUUCCGGCUCUUGGUUUAGCCGUCAAGUGGGGCAGCCGCAUUUCAAUUGCGGAGGGUCAGUGCUUAUGGGCAAUCCGUCGUGCAUUUCGAGAAAGAGUUAAGGUGCCGGAGGUGUACGGAUGGGUCACUGAUGGCAACGACGUGUUCAUCUAUAUGGAGCUUGUCGAGGGCGUUUCCCUCCAUGAUCAUUGGGAUUUGCUAACCGAUCAGGAUAAGACAAACAUAUCGCAGCAAUUGCGCACCAUGAUCCUGGAGUUGCGCAAGUUGAAGCACGAUCCCACAGUUAUUAGCGCCAUCGAUGGUGGACCAAUUCGCGAGUAUAUGUUCUCGAACAUCUCUCCCGAUCGUCGCGGUCCUUUUACGUCGGUUGCCGCCUUUCACGAUUUCUUCUCUGCUGCUACUCGAGGUGGACAGUAUAAUCCAGAUGAUCCCCAUCCCCUACGCUCUUUGCUCCUUGAUAACUGUCACAUCACUUUCACGCAUGGAGACCUCCAUCGACAGAAUAUCAUUCUUUCCCCGGAUGGUUCUCAAAUUAACGCUAUUAUCGAUUGGGAGCAAGCGGGAUGGAUGCCAAAUUACUGGGAGCUUUGCAAGGCUUUAUAUUCUGCGCCUUCCGACUCAUGGCGAAAUGUCUACCUGCCGAUUGUGUUCGGUGCUAUUGAUCGUGAAUCAAGGGCAUUAUUAGCUUUCGAAUGGUUUUCCCGCACACUUGUCUAGCUUUGGGGAGCGUGGCGCCAUGAUUAGAUGUAUUCGUUAUUAUCACCUCUGGAUUCUACCGACUGUGCUAGGUAUAUAUGCCUUCCAUUUCCAUGUCUUGCUACUGCGUGUCGCUUGUUCAUCCUUGGAUCCUAUAGAAAAAUCCAUUCACUACAAGAAUGACAGAUUCCAGUUGAGUUGCAAUAGUAGAAUGUACCGGGCUAUAACCCUCUGAGAAGACCGACGACAAAUACAAACCCUUAGAGUGAGAGCAAGCUUGGAAUACGCUCGAUCCAAUGUACAAGUCCUCCGUUUGAGAACUCCUAGUCUCACUACGACAAGGACAUCACGAUUCAAGACACUCGUAUUCAUUUUAUGCUCUGAAGAUGAAUAUCUUGCAAAUACCGGCAUCUUCAGUUGCCCUUUCAGGUUUCCUU